CAAUCAGAGCAGACAUGGCCCCGUUUGAGGAGGUGCUGGGCUUGGUGCGGCUGGCUCUGAGCUGCUCUUCUCCCUGGGAGAUCAAGGCCUUCCUGGAGGCCCUGGUGGAGCUCCAGGUGAUCUCCAGGCACUAUAGCAGCAACCUGAGGUCCAGCCUGACCCCUGGAUCAAGCCGUCGCCAGAGCGGAGCAGCGCUGGAGUGGAGCCAGCCCGGAGAGGAAGGCCAUCUCGACCUCCUGUGGAGCAGGCUGGAACCAGAGAGGAAGCUGAGCGUUGGUUCAUACCUGCCACAACAGCAGGACCUGGAGAGAGGCACGGACAGGGCGGAGGGAGUGAUGGAGAAUGACAACUGGAGGACUGGGGUGGAGGAGCAAAGCCAGGACCAGGGAAGGAUGGAGGAGACGUGGAUGGAAGAGCAGAAUGGGACUGAGGAGAUGGAGGAGGUUAUUCGAAGGAUAGCUCUUCCUCUGUGGCAGAACUGGGAGAGAGGCCAGAGGGUCUUACUGCCCCUACUGGCCUGGAUAACCUCUGACACCCCCACUGAUAGGCUCACUGUGUCUAUGACCACAGACAAGGUUACACACAACCACAAGGAGGAAUAUGAAGAGGAGGAGCAAGAGGUUGGAGAGACAGGAACACCUGUCACCCAUAACAGGAUGCAGGAAGUAAAUGAGGACCUUCCUCCAUCCCUCUUGCUGGACUAUGGGGAGCAGUUUUUGAAAGACCUGGACACCAUUGACAUCCAUUCACUUCUUGAUAGCAAUGGUGACUUCACUGACUCCUUCCUGGACCUCCUGGAGUACCAGGGCGAUGGUGAUGGGAACUUGGCAACCGCCGAACCCCCACCCGAUGUAUCAGAGAAGAAACAGAAACAGAGCAGACGAAGAAGAAGGGGCCAAGGCUCUGAAGACAGUCCAGAGAUGACAGUAGACUCACUCUCAAAACGUAGGAGAAGAGAAGGUGCUGGCAUGGAGGCCAAGAGGAAGCCAAGGAGCAGGAAGUUACAAGAACACACACUUCCCAGGGAGAGCGCUGGUCCUCCCCCAGCUGGAGUCAUGGAUCUUCCUACCUCUCCUCUCACGGUUCUUCAGUUCAGUCCAUCCCUCCAUCCUUCUACCCACUCCCCUAUCCAGCUGGUUCCCCUCCUUGGGUCCCCUAUGUUGGGUCACUCUCCUCCCCUCCUCAGCUUGCUACUCUCCAUGUCCACCACCCCACCCACAUACAUACUGGUCCCUGCUCCCUCCCAAGUCACCCCACCCCAAGUCGUCCCUCUCUCCCCACAUGAUGGUGCCGUAGCUCCAGACCACAUGGGAUCGUCACCUCAAGGCUCUCUUUCAGACUGCACAAGCAAAGCCUUGAGUCCUGCCUCUGCCUCCCCCCUGUCCCCCAACACAGGUGUGUCUCAACGCAAGGGAAGUCCACCCUCUACAUCCUCUGCUGCGAUGUCUGGGUGUGUGAAGGACUACCUACAGCAAGCCAAAGCUCACAUGAGGGAAACUUGUCAGGAGAUGGAGGCGGGCCUUCGUCUGGACUCCCACUAUGUGGACUUGCAAUUGGUCCCGAAGCAGAUCCUGAGUAAUGGCAGCAAAUCCCCAGACAAGGACCUGGUUGUCAUGAGAGACGUGGAGCAGAACCUUGGCUGGCAGGGGAGUAGUCAGAUGUUCCAGAACACUGAGGAAUCCAAAGCCAAGCGUUAUAUUGUGUUGCUAGGCAACUCUGGCAUGGGCAAAAGCACCUUCAUCAAGAAGCUCAGCCUGGAUUGGUCAAACGGAUCCUUGCCUCAGUUUGACUUCAUGUUCGUAUUGGACGGGAAGGCUCUAGCGCUGACAGAGCAGACCUACAGCCUGCAGUCCCUCCUCUUACGCCUGUCCUCCUCCGCCCCUCACUGCCACGCCCCCGAGGCUGUCUUCACCCGGGUCCUCUCUUCGCCGAAGCGCGUGCUGCUGGUCUUUGACGGCUUUGACAGGUCCAGGGACUACGAGGGUCUGCUGCUGUCGCGAGCUGAGGACUUCCAGGGCAGGAGCAGGGCACAGAGCUACAGCGUGAGGCAGCUGUACUCAGGGCUGCUCCAGAGGAGGCUGCUGGCCAGCUGCUCCCUGCUCCUCUGUGUCCGGGACCGUGGGGUGGGCAGCCAGCUGCUGCGUCGGGCCGACUGCCUCCUGGAGCUCCGUGGCUUCUCCUCCUCUGACACCCAGGCCUACCUGGACCUGUACUUCCCUGAACCAGGCCCACGGGCCAUCGCUGUGGAGCAGCUGCAGAAGCACAGGUACCUCCUCAGCCUCUGCUGGAACCCAGGGCUCUGCAGGGCCGUGUGUCUGGUUCUGGAACACCAUCGCGGAUCAGAACCACUACCUUCCUCCCUCACGGAGCUGUGGAGCAGAGUGCUCCGGGUGAAGCUGAGGAACAAACGCACGCAGAACGGCAAGCUGGCAAAAACAGGAACUCUCACUCACUCAGUCAGCCAUAGCAACGAAGACAUACAUACGCCCAGACAGAUUAACGGGAACACUCGCAUAAACACACGCUCUCACACCCAAAUCCAAACUCUAAUGGAAGCAAAGGAAAUAGGUAAUGGCUCCGGAAAAGAGGAAGAGGAGAGGAAGGAGAGAAAAAUGGAGGGGGAGCUUCUGUCCCAAAUGAGCUCAUCAGCCUGGGAGGGGCUUAAAGGUCACUCCUCCGUCCUCUCUCUGGAUCAUACCGUCUCUGACAGACUCCGGAGGCUUGGACUAAGAUGUGGACUAGUCCACUCUCACUCUCUGAGGGUGAGUGAAGGGGAUAAAGGAGAGAGACAGAGAGGUCUAGAGCCAGGAGGGGAUGAGCAAGUAGAGGAGAGGAACAGAGGGAGAAGAGGCACUGAAGGCAUCACCGGUGACCACAUCCUGUCCUGGUCCCACUCUUUCCUGCGCAGCUUCCUGGGCGGGGCUCACCUGACCCUCUCCAGGGCAGUGUCCGACCGCAGCUUACUGUUUCAGGCAGUCCCCUCACAGCCAAGGGGGCGGAGACGGACGCAGGGGGAGGGGCUAGACCUGGCGCAACGGUUUGCCAUCGGUCUGCUGUUCCGAAACAAGGAGGAGUUGCAGGACCUGCUUGCUGUGGAUACAGGGGUCAUGGAUAUCGUGCUUGCCAAAAGGAGCUCUAUGAAGGCGCACCUGGAGGGACUUAACCAUGGUGACCUGAGCCCCGCCCACCUCCUGGAAGUAUGUCACUACGUGCAUGAGACUGGCGACGCACGGCUGGCCAGACACCUGGUGAAGAGCCUCCCUGAGGACCUGUCCUUCGACAAAGUUCCGCUGCACCCUCCCGAUGCCUACGUAGUGUGGAACCUGCUGAAGAACCAUGGUACUCAAAGGAGAAAGUUCUGUCUGCGGCUGGAGGACACAGGAAUCAGGAUCUGUGGACUCCGAGCUCUGGUGAGCCUCCGUAACGUCAGUUCCUACAGGGCCUGCAUUGCUGACACUACAGCUCUGUGGGAGGAGCUGGAGAACAAUGGGGAGAAGGAGCUUUUAGAAGAGGCUGUGAACAAACUUGUCAUCAACCCUUUCAGAGCUGGGCAGGUGUGCCACAUUGACCAUCUGGCCCAACUGGUCCAUAUACACACACAUAGGAGACUACCUGGGAGCCAAUCAGUGUCUGUCUUGGCGGAGGGAAUACCAGCCGUCAGAGACCUCUACAAGCUAGAGUAUGACCUGGGUCCGGUGUAUGGCCCCCUGGCCCUCCCUAAGCUCCUGGAGGUCCUGCCUGCUCUCCACAGUCUGCAGCAUCUGGAUCUCGAGAACAGUAAGAUGGGGGACUCGGGAGCAGAAGACUUGGCUAAGAUCAUUACAUCCCUCUCUUCCUUACAGAUACUCAAUCUCUCUCAGAACUGUAUAGGAGACCAGGGAGCAGAGAGACUGGCAGCCUCCCUGUGCACCCUGCCCUCCCUGCACUGUCUCAGUCUGUACCAUAACGUGAUCUCUGACGGUGGGGCACAGAGUCUGGCUGCAGUCCUUCAUCAGAUGGCCUCCCUCACAGACCUGGAUGUGAAGUAUAACAAGUUCACUGAUGUGGGAGCGCAGCACCUGGCCUGCAGUCUGAGGAAGUGUCCUUGGAUUAAGAGUCUGGGUAUGUGGAACGAAUAUAUUCCAUACCGGGAGUUUGAACGUCUGCAAGAGCAAGACUCCAGGAUCCAUUCACUCUAGAACCGCUGCUCAGGGUGGAACUUAGAAUUCUGGUAACUGUUUCCCCAUCAGGGCUGGGAUGAUCACUUGGAUGGAUACUUUAAUGCCGAUUUUGAGUGAAGUUGGGACGAGUUUGAGUGAAGUUGUUUUGCAUAUUCAUGUGUGUGUGUCUGUCUAUCUGUUUGUAUUGGUUGCGCCAUUAUGCUUAAAGGUUAUUAUAAAAGAGAUACUGUAUACUUAAAGGGGAAGUGAUUUGCUCACGUAAGUAACCUAACCUGCUAGUGUUGGCUCCCAUGCUUUUUAAACAAAACAUUUCCUCAUCUAUUUUACUAUUUCAGGUUUCCGUAUAAAGUAUAAAUAAUGAAUGACUUCAUUUAUUUUCAUAGGUCAUCAGAUAUCAGUUCUGUGCAGGUCACGUGUGUCACAUUUGAUCAGACACAGGCUAUUUAAAGUGAUGUAUUCACAGCUAUAUUUGUAGAAAAGAUACACUACAUCCUGUACAAUGUUUUGGUUCUCUUUUCUAUUGAGUGUUUUUACAUUUUCAUAUCAGCUGCACUUUGCAGUGUUUGCCUAGAAGGGCCUUCAUGAAUCAUGUUCUCUACAGAUAGGUGAAACACCUUGAAAAAGACACUGAAACUGGAUGCACUAAAUUGAGUUUUCUGGAUCUGAGAUUCUAACUAAUGACUGCAAGCUGCCUGCUAAAUGAUCCACUUACUAAUACAGACUUUGCACUGAUGCCAUGUGUUGUUUUACAUUGUGUUUCAUACAGUAAGUAAUUCAUUUGGUUUUCAUACUUUUGGUCAAUGUAAAUAAUAAAUAACUACACAAAACAAUUGUUGCUGUCCUGGAACAGGGUUUGGCAGCUUUAUGCAAUGGGGUCCAGCUCCAGCUACUGGUUAACACUACACAAGACACAGCUACACUGUCAUCUAGUGGCCCAUGAGUCAGUGUAGUACAAUCCUUGUCAUA